UGUUUGUAAAAAUAAGUGCUCUACAUAAUUAAUCCUGCGUAUUUGCGUGUGAUAAACGUCAUAUUAAGUUUUACAAUGGCCAAUUAUAAUCCAGUUGAUUUGGUAGAAGAAGAUGCCGCUGAUCUGCAAUUUCCUAAGGAAUUUGAGAACGCCGAAACACUGCUAAUUAGUGAGGUCCACAUGCUGUUGGAGCACCGCAAGAACCAAAACGAAUCUUCCGAAGAGGAGCAGGAAUUUUCCGAAGUGUUCCUGAAAACCUACAACUAUACUGGCAUGUUCCGCAAAUUCAAAAACAAGGAAACAAUUGCAAGCGUUCGAAGCUUACUAAUGUCCAAGAAAUUGCACAAAUUCGAAUUGGCAGCGUUGGGAAAUCUUUGUCCGGAGGCACCAGAGGAGGCCAAGGCUCUUAUUCCUUCACUGGAAGGACGUUUCGAAGACGAAGAACUGAGACAGAUUCUAGACGAUAUAGGUACCAAGCGAAGUCUUCAGUACUAAGUGGUAGACGCAAGGAAGUUCACAUAUUUACUAUUAGACACUAAACUGCUUUUCUACGCAUAAUUGUCCCAUGUUACCUUUGAUGAAAAAUCUCAAACUCAAGUCAAUUUGUCCCACUGUAGAAAUAAAGUUGUUGUUUGAUAAUACUUGAGUUGAGACUGAAAAACGUAGUGAUUCGUUAUAUCCUGGAAAAGUGUUGUCUACGGUCAUAACAUUCGUUAAAUUUGAAGAUCCAAUCGAUUUAAAAAAAUUGACUUUGGAUUUUUUCAUCAAAGGUAACAUGGGACAGUUAUGCGUAAAAUGGCAUUAAAGUGACGACAAAGGAUUUUGCGUUUAUAAAAGUAUUAUUGAGAGUAUGACAUUUUGUGCAUUGAAACAUAAACUUGCUGGCAAUGACUGAAAAA